UAACCUUUUUUGAAGAUAGAAAAUGCUAUAAAAUCAAUCGCACGAAAGCUUAGGGUUCCAAUAUUCCAACACUCUCGCUCACUCAAUUGCCUACGUCGCCACCGCCGUGAUAAGCUAUCAGCAACCAUGUAUCUUCAGUUUUAUAUAAAUGACAAUGGUGACAAAGUUUACACCACUAAGAAAGAGUCACCAGUUGGGUUGGCUACACAAUCUGCUCAUCCAGCUCGGUUUUCACCUGAUGACAAAUUCUCAAGGCAGAGAGUUCUUUUGAAGAAGCGAUUUGGAUUGUUACCAACCCAGCAGCCACCUCCUAAGUACUAGGCGAUAUACAAGUUCAGUUUGUUCGUGUUAAGUAUUUUCCUUCCGUGCUUAGCCGUGGUUGUUGAUCUGGUGCUGGUAGAGGGGUAGAAAUUGAGCCAAUUAUGUUUUUCUUUCUUAACCAAUUACUUUAAAAUUUGGCUCAAAUAUUAGCAUGAAGUGACGAGUGUUGUAAUUCACUAAUGGAUACUAAGUUGAUGUUUGCAGUUAGUAUACUGUUCUAAAGACUAUUUGAAUUCUAUUGUUUCUCCCA